AUGUCUAGCAGCACGUUCACGUGUUUGAAACAAAAUGGCUACAGUUUCUUUAUUGCUAGAGCGUGGGAAAGUGUUGGAAACUACGAUGAAACUGGUAUUCAAAAUAUCAAAAAUGCUCGUGCAGCUGGUUGGCAGUACGUUGAUGCCUACAUUUUCCCUUGUUUGAAGAGUUCCUGCGCAUCCCCAGCUGCUCAAGCAAUGGGUGUCAACUGGGGUAUUUACACCAACAAUAAUAACUGGGGCAGCAUUGUUGGAAUUAACUGGAACCAGUGGGCCAGCAGACCACUUUGGUGGGCCAACUAUAAUGGACACCAAGAUUACACUAAUUUCGUUCCAUUCGGAGGAUGGUCAAAACCUUCAAUUCACCAGUACGCAGGAGACUACAAAGGACCAUGCGGAGUCGACCUUGACCUCAAUUGGUACUGA